AGCGAAGUGUAGACGUACGGAUUGCGGCGUUGCUACGAAUAUUAGUGAUAUGACCUCGUUCAACAUGAGCGCGUUGGUGCUUUUGAUCUUGGCUGCUACUGCUGCUGCAACCAAUGACAUUUCCCCAAGAGUUGAGGGCGACAGUGAAAUGAUCCCUUGGCGCUCGGAUGUUAAAGAUCAAAUCGAAACUGACAUGUAUUGGCGAAGGAAUUUACUUCUGUACAGACUGUUGAAAUUACUUCAAGAAGGCGGUGACAGAUACAACGCGGGAGAUGAACAAACGAACAAUGUAAACAUGGCACAGAAGUUGUCAGAAUUACCGGAUCUGAAGGAAGUAGAUGAGAAGAAAUGGGUGACCGCUCUGUCUACCAAUACUGGCAAGAGCACUAAGACCCCUAAACCCCGGUCUCAGAACAAAUGGAAUUCACAGAAGGGCAAAGGUACUCCAAUGCUGUGCUACUUUAAGCUAUGCUCCUUUCGAUACCCGAUGUAAUUAUGGGAAUCCAUUGCAAUUCUCAUAUUCGAGCGAUAUCACGUAUACCCGUACCUGCUUAGUUUAAUGAAUUUGUAAGCCGAAAUCGUUAAUGUUUCAAACAUUGUAACUUAAACUUGUAAACAUA